GCCCGGAGCUGAGGACCGGGCUGAUGAGCAGAAUGGCCCUUGUCAUAGAUUAGUGGCCCUGGGAGGGUUGUGGGCGGGGGCCCCCGGCGCUGGAGCCUUGUGAUUAAUCUCUCCUGGAAGCCGAGCAUCUCUGGAAGGAGCAGGAACUGCAGGUGCUUGUGGCUCUAAUAUGUUGCCGCGCUCAGUUCGGUCAGUGUGGAAGAGCCUUGGAUAGCAGAGCCAAAAGGACAUAAAGGCCUGGAUUGCUGAAGGCGUUACCCCAGCCGCGGUGGCACCAUGUCUGUCAUGAUGGUGAGGAAGAAGGUGACUCGUAAGUGGGAGAAGCUUCCCGGGAAGAAUACGUUCUGCUGUGACGGCCGGGUGAUGAUGGCGAGACAGAAAGGCAUCUUCUACCUGACGCUCAUACUCAUCCUGGGGACCUGUUCACUCUUCUUUGCUUUCGAAUGUCGCUAUUUGGCCGUGCAGCUCUCGCCGGCGAUCCCAGUGUUUGCAGUGCUCCUCUUCCUCUUCUCCAUAGCCACGUUAUUACGGACCAGUUUCAGUGACCCCGGAGUAAUACCUCGAGCGCUGCCGGAUGAAGCGGCUUUUAUUGAAAUGGAGAUCGAGGCAGCCAAUGGGAACGUGCCGCAGGGUCAGAGGCCGCCGCCUCGCAUUAAAAACGUUCAGAUCAACAAUCAGAUCGUGAAGCUGAAAUACUGCUACACCUGCAAGAUCUUCCGCCCGCCUCGUGCCUCUCACUGCAGCAUCUGCGACAACUGUGUGGAGCGAUUCGACCACCACUGCCCGUGGGUGGGGAACUGCGUCGGGAAGAGGAACUACCGCUACUUCUUCCUCUUCAUCCUGUCCCUGUCCCUGCUGACCAUCUACAUCUUCACCUUCAACAUCGUCUAUGUCACGCUGAAUUCUUUAAAAAUUGGCUUCCUGAACACGCUGAAGGAAAGUCCGGGGACUGUGCUGGAGGUCUUCAUCUGCUUCUUCACGCUCUGGUCUGUGGUGGGGUUAACUGGAUUCCACACGUUCCUGGUGUCUCUGAACCAGACGACCAAUGAAGAUAUUAAAGGAUCCUGGACUGGUAAAAACCGUGUACAAAACCCAUACAGCCACGGGAACCUGAUGAAAAAUUGCUGUGAAGUGUUAUGCACUCCUGUUCAGCCAAGUGUGCUGGACAGACGGGGAAUCCUUCAGGAGCCGCCGAGUCUUCCCGGACAGUCUGGACAAGAAAACGGCAGUACACAGCGAGAUUCUGUGGCUUCUGUUCCUUUGAUGCCUAAUGAACCUCCAGCUAAGCCUUCGCCCUCAGACGUCCAAACAGAUCCCAAUGCUCUAGAAAUGGCCGUCCAGGUCCCCAAAGAGUCAGAUGGAAAGUAGAAGACAGAGAAGUAGAUGAGUUGAAGAUCUCUCUGUGAAAAGAAGAAAAUGAGACAAAUCCAUGGAACAUGACGGCGUGACAGCUGGCCCUCUACGCCAUUUUUCUUUAGUAUUUGCUUGUGUUAAUUAUGAAGGUGACGUCUUGUGAGAUGGAAAUUCAUCUUUAUCCGUCUGGAAGAAAGUGCUCAAUGAAGACAAAAGCAAACAAUAUAAAAGACUUCAGGUGCUAGUGAAACAUGCCAAUGACAUUACCUGUGAGAGCGCUAGGUGCCUGGAAGCCGCCUCGCCAGGCCGCGGCACAGGUCGUGUCUCCACUAUGGAGCUGGUUCUUCAGUCUUGUACCUACAAUCGUAUUAUGCAUCCCCUUGACAAACAGAGGACAAUCUCUAUGUGGACAAAGCAGGACAAUGUGGGGUCCUUCCAUAGGGGCAACUGGGUGUCACACGACUGGCACCUUACCUAAAAAUAUGCAUUGCUUUUUAUUUUAUUUGCCAAGCCUAGGACUGGAAGGACGAAGCUUCUGGUAAAGCCGAUAAUGUGUCUGUCCCGGAGGCCACGAACGAUUGUGAAUUAGUCAGUUCUGACAACAUGGACUCUCUUUCCAUUGAAGUUCAAAGACCCUAAAACAGACGACCCGUCUUUAUGACUCCCCAAAGUUGUAGUCCUAGCGCACCACCCGCAUCUUCCGCUCCAUUUACCCGUCAUGACGUAGAUGUUGUUCAUGUGGUGUGAGGUCAUUCUUAUCCAUUUGCGAGCUCAUUCCGAUUUUGUGGUCUUGCAGUUAACCUAAUGAUACUUCAGGGGUUCAGUAGGUGCCCCCCCCCCCCCCCCCCCCCCAAAUGUCUGUUUGUUUGUUUUUUUAAUUUUAGUAAUUUUGAGGGCAUUUGGGACGUCUUCUGAAGUGCAAAGAAUUUCCUGCUGCUGCUCUUUGACUCCUGUUUUAGGACUUUACAAAGUGUUAAAAUAAUGGAAGAAUUGUUUUUUAAUAAUUUAUUUGUUUAUACAGUGAUUUUUUAUUAUUUUUUUUUGUUUUAUUUCCUAUUUAAUAUUUUUUUUGAACUCCCAGUAGAAUAGAUUUCCGGACACCUGAAGAGUAUUUAAGAUUUGUGAUGCCUGCCUGUUGAUUUCCCUUCACUCAGAAAUAAAAUGCUAUGUUUUUUUUUAAUUUCGGGAGGGUUGAAUGUUCUCCCUGUAAUCUUCACGGAUAUCAGAUUUUGCCGCCAGGAGGAACGUUCAGGACCAUGGACAUAUAGCAAACGGAGAGCUGUAGCUGCCCUAGCCCUGUGGCUAGAUACCCCAGACAAAGUGGCUUGUUGGUGCCCAGCACUCAGCACCCAAGGCACAUGUCUGGUGGUCACCCCCCCCCCCCCCCCCCCUUCCAAAUGUUCUUCUGCAAAGUGAAUGACUGGCUUCUACAACAUGGCACUGACCACCACCAUCCCAUCCCGGCUCCAGAUGAUCCAUUCAUAAUUUCAUUCGCAUUCCGUUCUUCCUUGGGAACUGUUUGGUCCAAACAUUUGUUCACGUUUCUGAUGCCUCUGCUUUGGAGGAACUUUCCAUAAAUUAGUAGGGGGUCCAUUACACAGCCGUCGACUAAGUGACCAUUGCAGAAUUAGCCAUGGAAGUCCCCAAUUCAGAGGCAGGAUUCAUGGUGUAACUAGCCAUAAAGCCGCCAUACACAUUAACUGAAUGUCAGCCGAACCGGCUAAUUUCGGCUGGAUCGGCCGACUCCUAUGUAUUGACUUUUUUUCCAUGACAGCAUCUAUUUGGAGAAAAAAGGAUUGGGGUGUUGCUCGCUCCUUUUAUUCCCAAGGCAGAUAAGCAGCUGUUUUGGCAGAGAUUUACUCGCCUCUCCUCACUCGGAACACCCACAUACUUGGCCGAGUGUGCAUGUGUAUGGGGGUGGGUUGGGAGGAAUAGUUGACAGCGAUCUAAAAUGUAUGGCCAGCUUUAGACAUCGGCAUAUUGUAUG